UUGGUGGUUGGACCGGCCCGGCGGCGGUCGUUGGCGGCGCUGUGACGCACCACGUGUGACUCAGAGCGGCGGCCGGCGGCGCGUGGCGACCCGGUCCCUAAUGAGCCGCAUCCGAACCGGCCGGCCGAGCGCCAUAUCAGAGCGGCCCCGACCGACGGCGGCACACACCGGUCACGGCCGCGGCAUCGACGGGACGGGCACCUCCGGCAGGACUGCAGGCAGCGCCCAGCGGACUACUGAUAGGACAGGCAGCGGACCUCCGGCGGGACAGGCAGCGGACCUCCGGCGGGACAGACAGGACAGCGAGUCCGGCGGGACAGACAGGACAGCGAACUUCCAGUGACACAGUUCUACAGAGGACACCGAGCAUGGCGUCGAGAUCGAGCGUGCUGCCGCUGCUUCUGGCGGUGCUAGCCGGCGCUGUCGCCGUCUCAGCACACCGUUAUGGCGCCGGAAAAUGCGCCAACGUCACACCCAUGGACGACUUCGAUGCUAGUCGGAUGGUAGGCCUGUGGUACGUCCACCGCGCCUUCUCCACUUCCUCCACGUGCCUGACGUUCAACUACACGCUCACAACCACCGGCCUGGAGGUGGUGGAGACCAAGGAGCUGCGAGCCCUGGACGCCGUCGGCCUCGACCACAAGUACAGUUCGGUGGGCACACUGAAGGACAAUGGCCUGCCCGGCGCCUACCAGGCCUCCUUCUCCACCAACCCCUUGAAGUCCAAGUACGUCAUCAUCUCUACGGACUACGACAACUACGCGGGAGUGUUCCACUGCCAGCACUGGGCCAAGCUCGUCCACAGACGUAACGUCUACGUACUCUCGCGGACACGCGACAUCGAAGAAAUCUACAUUGAGAAGAUCCGCCGCCGUAUGCUGGUGUUUGACCUGGAGCCGGAGCAGCUGGAGAGCGUGUCACACGAGGCCUGCACCGACCGGGCCGACAGCGACUUUGACGUCCGGCUGGACGGAUCGCUGUUCGACCUCCGGGACAAGGAGUGACUCAGGAUCGAGCGCAGCCAAUGAAGGGCAUGAAGCAGAGAAGGGACCUCGAGCUGAUUCUCUCAUAAAGCGAGGCACGGUUCGCCACUACUUAGCUGACGGUAGUUGUGCACACUCAGGACGUUGUUAAUCAAUUAUUGACCGGACGAGGAUUAAGUCCGUGUUACAGUUUACAGAGGAUGCCUAUCUCAUGUCAAUGUUAGCUGCACAGCUGUACUGGCGGUGCUCAAUAGAAGAUUAUGGUCGAUACAUACCAAUGCAGCUUUGUGUGUCCCAAGAGAAGUAUCACCGUUUCACCUGCACACACCACUACACCAGGCAUCAGGACUCAGGCACCACCAGAGAAAUGGUGGAUGAAAAGUUGAACGCUGAUCAGUAUCAGUGUCACAGUGAACAUCCUGCGUCCAUCGUAGACUGAAUCAUUUCAUGUUGUUGUCAUAAUGUGAUUUUAAAUACACGGCUAUAACACGAA